AUACUUUUAUCUCGUUGGGCCAAGAAGUCUCCAUGUGAUACAGACCCGACUAAAAUUCAUUGGUAGAUGACUCUCUGACAAAAAAUCUUAUGUCACCAAACACAUUCACGAUUCUUUUUUCCCUUCACAAUUUUGGGUACUGAAGCUCUCUCUCCAUCGAUCUCCAGUUCAAGAUGUAUUGCAACUUUAAGGAGCACGCAGUUGAGUAUGUGAAGAAAGCAGUUGAGGAGGAUGAUGCUGGAAACUAUAGCAAGGCAUUUCCCUUGUAUAUGAAUGCUUUAGAGUACUUCAGGACCCAUUUGAAGUAUGAGAAGAAUCCUAAGAUUAAGGAAGCGAUAACUCGAAAAUUUGUCGAGUAUUUGAGGAGGGCAGAGGAGAUUAGGGCCAUUCUUGAUAGUGGAGGAAGUGAUAGAGCAAAUUCGAAUGGUGGUGUCGCGGUCAAUUCUGAUCGAAAGGCGAAGCCAAAGGGUGGAGAUGGGGAGGAUCCAGAACAGGCAAAGCUCAGGGCUGGCCUUGAUUCUGUAAUAAUUAGGGAAAAACCUAAUGUGAAGUGGAAUGAUGUUGCUGGGCUUGAAAGUGCUAAACAGGCUUUGCAAGAGGCUGUCAUAUUGCCUGUUAAGUUCCCACAAUUUUUCACUGGAAAGAGACGGCCAUGGCGGGCUUUUCUAUUAUACGGUCCACCCGGAACAGGGAAAUCCUAUUUGGCAAAGGCUGUUGCAACCGAAGCAGAUUCAACUUUCUUCAGUGUAUCUUCAUCAGACCUUGUCUCAAAAUGGAUGGGGGAAAGUGAAAAGCUAGUUUCAAAUCUUUUCCAAAUGGCUCGUGAUAAUGCUCCUUCAAUAAUUUUCAUAGAUGAAAUAGAUUCCUUAUGUGGUCAACGAGGUCAAGGCAAUGAGAGUGAAGCAUCCCGACGAAUCAAAACAGAACUUCUGGUUCAGAUGCAGGGGAUGGGGAAUGAUGAUAGGAAAGUUCUUAUUCUUGCAGCCACCAAUACUCCUUAUGCUCUGGAUCAGGCUGUCCGUCGACGUUUUGAUAAGAGAAUAUACAUCCCUCUGCCUGAUUUGAAGGCAAGGCAACACAUGUUCAAGGUACAUCUUGGAGAUACUCCUCACAACUUAACUGAAAGUGAUUUUGAGCACUUGGCCCGAAAGACAGAAGGAUUUUCUGGUUCAGAUAUAUCUGUCUGUGUUAAGGACGUGUUAUUCGAACCUGUUCGCAAAACCAGGGAUGCUAAAUUCUUUAGGAAGACCUCUAAAGGCAUGUGGGUUCCUUGUGAACCAACUAAACGAGGUGCUGUUGAGAUCACAUUGCAAGAACUUGAUGCACAAGGCCUUGGUUCAAAGAUCCUACCACCACCCAUUAAAAGAGCGGAUUUUGAUAAGGUACUUACAAGACAAAAGCCAACUGUAAGUAAAGCAGACCUUGAGGUGCAUGAGAGAUUCACAAAGGAGUUUGGGGAGGAAGGCUGAUUGGUUUUGUGACUUGAGAAACAAGCUUCAACCAAAUGUAAUAGUAAUAAGGUGAUACCAUUUUAUGUAAUUAUAACACAAUCAUAAAAUGUGGAGUAAUUGUCAUAUUAGCCUGCGAGCGCAAGAUAUAGGGCGCCCCUUUAUUUUGGCUCAUUUUAGUCUUAAGAAGGCUCCUGUAUGUUGUACAGUUUUGUACAAUGAUGUUUAUAGAUUUGAUAGUUUUGCACAA